AUGAUGGCUCGGCUUGUAUUGGUGAUGGUCGGAGGACUUCUGGUGCUCUGCGGUGGCGUCUGGUCACACGGGGACGGGCAACCUUCUUUCACGGAUGAAAUUCCUUUUAAAAUUACCUGGCCGGGGGCUGAAGUCACACUGCCCACUUCGGGCGCACUUUACAAAGAGGACAACUUUGUCAUCAUGACCACAGUAGAGAAAGAGAGGUAUAAAUGCCUCCUACCGUCGCUGGCCUCCGAAGAAGAGGAUGAUGAAAAGGAGUACAGCGGGCCAAGUCCGUCUGAACUUCUGGAGCCUUUGUUCAAACGAAGCAGCUGCUCAUACAGAAUUGAAUCUUACUGGACCUAUGAAGUAUGUCACGGAAAACAUGUAAGACAGUAUCACGAGGAGAAAGAGUCAGGUCAGAAAAUAAGUGUUCAAGAGUACUUCUUGGGGAAAUUAGCAGAGAAGAGAAAAUCUACAGAAAUGGCUAAAUUUGAAGAGCCCGAAACAGCUGAGUCAACACCCGAAUCAGAAGUGCUCUCUAAGAACAUAGAAGGGCAGCUGACUCCGUAUUACUCAGUGGAGAUGGGAAAUGGGACACCUUGUGUGCUCAAGCAGAAUGAGCCGCGCGCCACAGCCGUGCUGUACGUGUGUCACCCAGAAGCCAAACAUGAAAUCCUGUCCAUCGCUGAGGUUACCACCUGUGAAUAUGAAGUGGUGGUGCUGACCCCCUUGCUCUGUGCGCACCCAAAAUACAGGUACAAGUCGUCACCGGUUAAUGCCAUACUCUGCCAGGCGUUGGCUGGCUCGCCAUUUCGGCCUCGACGGCUCACCCAGUUGGACAAGGAGCAAGAGGAGCAGCUCAGACCUCCUUUCAGCACCACCGCAGAGCACAGAGAGGAGACUCCAUCAACAGGAGAGGAGGCCUUCACUUCUACUCACAAACCCAUGGCUGUUGGUGGGCAGGCGCAGGUGGCUGUGGGCACCACUCAUAUUUCGCGCCUGACAGACGAGCAGCUAAUCAAGGAGUUCCUCAGCGGCUCCUACUGUUUACACGGGGGUGUUGGAUGGUGGAAAUAUGAAUUCUGUUAUGGAAAACACGUCCAUCAGUACCAUGAGGAUAAAGAGCAAGCCAAGAACAUUGUGGUGGUUGGAAACUGGAAUGCAGAGGAACACAUUGAGUGGUCCCAGAAGAACGUGGCUCGAUCUUACCAGUUAAAGGAAAGCGGCGUGCAGAAAGUCAAACUGGUUUCCCAUUUCUACGGCCACGGUGAUAUGUGUGAUCUGACAGGAAAGCCCCGCCAAGUCAUUGUCAAAUUAAAAUGUAAAGAGUCAGACUCUCCCCAUGCGGUCACGGUCUAUAUGACAGAACCUCAAACUUGCCAAUAUGUCCUUGGGGUCGAGUCUUUAGUCAUAUGCAGGAUUCUCGACACAGCAGAUGAACACGGACUUUUGUCCAUGUCCAGCUAA